AUGGAAAUCGAUCCGGCCACUCGUGCAGAUUCUGCCCCCGUGUCCUUCCUUGAUAAAUUUGCCACUGUUUUCACACUGCCUGACAGAGUACAGACUAACGGGACUGAAGAGAGGAUGUUGACAUUUUUCAGGAAUCUAUCUGAGCGAGAUCCACGCGUCAGGAAUGUGGACGACCCGGCCAAGACCGUGGGAUGGAGUGAUGGCAGGAAUGACAAAGCGUCUGCGGAGAGCCAGGAAUCAUUUUCCCACUUCAACCAGACCUCCACAAACGAUCAGGAUAACAGCACAGUCAACACCGUCCUGGAAGUAACUAUGAGCAACACCACCGAGGAAGAUAACGCCACAAGCCCCGCCACACACCUGCAAAUGUAUGGGGAGAGCAAAGGAGAAGCCUGUGUUGUGAGCCUAGAGCAGCAAGAUGAAUCUGCAAAGGGCCUUCCUAUAGGCGUUUCAACCUAUACCAGUGAGUCCCCCGGCCAUCUUGGUCCAACCUCUGAGGGGACAGGAGCCUCUAUCCCCCAGGUGGUGCAACCAAAUGUUCCAGGAGCUGAAGAUUCAGGGAAUGGAGACAAGAGUGUGGCCUUGCACUCUGACGGUUUGGAUGUAAACACAGGGGCCGACAAGGACUUUGCUCAGAGGGCGUCUGGGAGAUGUCAUCCAUCAGAAGAGGAUAGCAACAACUCAGGGGGCGAAAAAGAAGAAUGGGAUGGGAAGAAGGAUGAGAUAGCAGACGUUGAAAAAAGAGAAAUAGACAGUGUCGCAGUAGACGACACACCCUCCUCCUCCUCAUCAUCCCCCGUUGGUCCAUCAGAGUCACCCACUACGGAAGCUGCAUCUUCUCCCCGCGAGAAAUCCGUCCAGCUACAGUCCCUCUUCAGCGGUCUCCUCAAGAGAGCAUCAGUAGGCGAGGAGGAGGAGAAAGCCACCCCAGGCAAAUCCCUGGUCCCCCAAGAACAGAAGACGCAGCCCCUUCAACGAGGCCUGUUCCCCGAGCAGUCUCCCACCAGGCAGAGCCCAACCAGAGGGGGAGCAGGGGAACCAUGGGGAGGCUUCCUGGAACAACUCUCCCAGCUGCUGAACCUGGAGAGCAGCAAGGUGGAGGAGGAGACGACGGAGGAGCAGAGACAGAUGGAGGAGAGUCAGACUGGACAGAUACACAGCGAGAGUGGUGAAGUGGAGCUAAAUCAAGAGGAGGAAAAGGAAAAAAAAGAGAAGAACGGAGAGGUGGAAGUGAAGGGAGAAAUGACGGAGAAGACGGAGUCGCUACCUGCCACCAAGCCGGUGGAGGAGACUAAGAAACCCACCAGCUCAGAGUCAGCGUUGGACGCCUUCAAGGCCUUUUUCACCCCCAAGCCCACGAGGAAGCCCACCCUGGACAGAACUGACCUGGAGGCCUUGAAACAGAAAAUGAGAAGUGACAGAGAGAAGCUGAGAGCCAUCUUUGAGAGAAACUCUCCGAAGACAAACUCAAAAGCGGAGGACUCCCCCCUAGCGGAGCACGAGGAGCGGACGCCCCGACGCCUGCAGGCCAUCUGGCCCCCGCCGAAGCCCAAGGACGAGGUGGGGCUCAAGUACACUGAAGCAGAACACCAGGCGGCUCUAUUUCAGCUGAAGAGAGAGUGCAAAGAAGAGGUGGAGACGUUACAGGCAGGCUUUGAGCUGCAGCUCUUCCGAGUCCGUGGGGAGAACGCGGAGAACGUGUCUCGCCUGGAGGACGAGUUGUCCAAGCUGCAGAGUGACAAAGACGAAGUCACGCGUGGAGACUUCCGAGAUGCGUGCGUGUCCACGGAGGACGACUUCUCGCCCAGGACCUUCCGCACCGUUUGCGUCCAGACAGACAGGGAGACCUUCAUCAAGCCCGCCGAGGAUGAGGAGCAUCGAAGCGUCAGCCAGAAUACCAAUCACAGCGUUCCCAAAAAACUCAACCUCACUUCGCUGGGCCUCUCUGGGAAAACGGAGCCAGCUUCAGCACAAGAACCCCCUCCUUUCCAGCAAUCAGACUCCUCGACCACAGUAUCAUCAUCAUCACUAUCACCACCAGUGAUGUCGCCAGGUUCCACAGACUUGACCCCACCUCCGGCGCCUCCGCUUCCUGGUUCUCUGACGUCCACUUCCAGUGCAGAAGCUCCCCAGGCACCUGAUGGGCCCCCCAUCCCACCUCCACCUCCACCACCUGUGCCUUCAUGUGGUCCCCCCCCGGCACCGCCUCCUCCACCUUCCCACGGCGGCAGUCCUCUGCCUCCCCCUCCUUUUCCAGGAGUUGGUUUUGCCCUGAGUUCACCUCUGGAGAAGCCCCCCCGGAAGCCUGCUUUGGAACCCUCUUGUCCCAUGAAGCCCCUCUACUGGACGAGGAUUCAAAUUCAAGACAACAACAAUGACACACUGUGGAGCUCUCUGGAGGAGCCAUCCAUCGACCCCUGUGAGCUCGAGGACCUGUUUGCCAAAGCUACGCUGCAGACCAAGCGGAAGCCUCUCUCCGAGGCCUACGAACGGAGAAACAAGGCCAAGAAGAUCAUCAAGCUCUUAGACAGCAAGCGCUCCCAAGCCGUUGGCAUUUUCAUCUCCAGCCUUCAUCUGGAAAUGAAGGACAUCAAGCAAGCUGUUCUGACCGUGGACAACUCUGUGGUGGAUCUGGAGACCAUCGAGGCUUUGUAUGAAAAUAGGGCUCAGCCAGGAGAGUUGGAGCAGCUGAAGAAGCACUAUGAGACGUCAGACGAGGAGCAAAUCAGGCUGCUGGACAAGCCAGAACAGUUCCUGUAUGAGCUCUCUCAGAUCCCUGAUUUCUCUGGCCGGGCUCGCUGCCUCAUUUUUCAGUCUGUGUUCGCAGACAGCAUCGCCUCCAUCAGGCGCAAGGUGGAGAUCAUUUCUCGGGUCUGCAAGGGUCUCCUGGAGGAAGGGAGCGUGCGUGACGUGAUCGGGCUCGUUCUGGCGUUGGGGAACUACAUGAACGGGGGGAACAGGACCCGCGGUCAGGCUGACGGCUUCGGCCUGGAGAUCCUGCCCAAGCUCAAGGACGUCAAGAGCAGGGACAACCGUAUCAGUUUGGUGGACUACGUUGUGUCCUACUACCUCCGCAACCUUGACGAGAAUGCUGGCACUGAUAAGAGUGUUUUCCCGCUGCCUGAACCCCAGGAUGUCUUUCUGGCCGCGCAAGUCAAGUUUGAGGACCUGUUCAAAGACCUACGCAAGCUUAGGAAAGACCUCUCAGUGUGUGAACAAGAUGUCCAAAGGGUGUGUGCCAGUUCCUCCGAGGAGCACCUUCACCCAUUCAAGGAGAAGAUGGAGGGUUUUAUUUCACACGCGCAACAAGAUCAUGGUGCAACAGAACAUCAGUUGAUUUGUGCACAGAAAAGCUUCCAUGACCUGGAGGUGUACCUUGGGGUGAAGCCCAAGUCUGGCGAAAAAGAGGUGAUGCCGGGCCAGGUCUUCAUGCUCUGGUUUGAGUUCUGUGGAGAUUUCAAGACGCGCUGGAAACGAGAGAGCAAGAACAUCUCCAAGGAGAGGCUAAGAGAGGCACAGCAAUGUGUCAAAAACAUCACAGGAGAAAAGAAGGUGGAAACGAGAAAGGUCCACGCUAACAGCCUGAAAGAAAGGUUACGCCAGAAAGAGGCCAGCCUGGGCACCAGCUAAAGCCCAGUGAGAGAGAGAGAGAGAGUGGACAACAGGAACAGCACCUAAAAAUGCACAGGACCCCGAGUCUGCGUCUGCAUUGUCAUCCUGCUGCUUGACCUCCAGUCACUCUUUGGAGGCCUGUGGUAGUACCUCAGUCCACCAAAUAUGGGCAUCAGCGCAAGGACAUCUGAUGAGGAAUUGGGACCCUCUGAAUGGCAGAGACUGAGAGACAGACUACUGCUGGCACUUUAAGGAGAGACCAUAGGCGAAGGCCUUGAGGGCCUACCAGAGUGAGCACUUUAACAUGGACUUUUAUUGGCAUUUGUGACUAAUAAUUUAGAAUUGAAAGUCGCAUCAAACAGAUGGAAACUACUGAUUGUAAAAUAUGAAAAAUUGUUGCACACAGGCAGUAUGGAUCAAGCAAUGACAAGUCUCAUUCUAAAUCAUCUCUUCCCGCAGCAAUGCUAAAAAUGUAACUGAAUUGCAAUAGCCUAUUUGAAAUAUUAAGAGUGUUUUAUAUGUUUUAUUUCUAGUGUACAGUCUACAUUUGUUCUGUAUAUUUAAAAAAUGAAAUUAAUCAUUUGUACUGCAUUGUACUGUCUGAAUGCUGAACACUUACAUUCUGUAAAAAGUAACCUACUGUACAGUUCUUCAACCAUUAUGAAGGUAACAUAAACUAAUAAUGAUCAACCUAACACUUGUUCUGUUAUCAU